AUCCUCCACCAAAGGUCCAUUCUUGAGACCCCCAGAGCGCCUCACGUCCGUGAGAAAGGCUUGGUAUUCCGAGAGGGGGUAGACGAGCAAUAUGGCGGAUGUCGAGUGUGUCAGAUUGUUGUGUUCAUUAACGUAGCUAAACAAUACCAGUUUUCUUUGUUUUAAAGUUGGUCCGGUUUCGGGUUCUUCGGGUCAGUUUCGUCUUCUUCGUCAAUCCGGAGACUCUUUCUUCGUAUACCCGGUUUCCCGUCUGUCCCAGGACCGAAAGGCCAACUAGGAUCCGUUUCGACUAUUUGAAGCUACACCAGAAUGUUUUGUUCUUGAAUUCCCGACAAAGGAUAUCCAAAACAGGAUCCACUGUGAUAGAUGUAGUUGAUGUUUUUGUGAGGCAGCAGCUCAAUGAGUAAUCAACAUCCAUUCAAAAAAUAUGCCCUGCUUAUACAUGUGAUACUGGUGAUAGAAAUUGGAUAGUUGUCGGCUUGCAUUGAUGGUGCUUACUAAAGAGAAGUCUGCGCCAGUCGCAGUGAUGGACGAGCCGGUGAAGAAAAAGAGCAAACUGUCUGAAGAGAACAACAACAAUGACCUGGAGACUUUGCAAAAGAAACUCUUGGGCCAGUGCCUAUGCACCAUGCCAGAAAACCUCAUUUGGAAGCCUUUCCGAGGACUGAAGCUGCUUAGACACGAGGACUCACAUGGAUAUUGCGCAUCCUACAUUGCAAACUGGAACAGGGACAGGACCUUAUUGUUUGUUAGUUCAGUGCAGUUACUCUGUGAAGUGGCAAUAAGACAAAAUACCCGUGGAUUGGUAUGUUCAAAAAUUGUGGACACUUGCGAAGCAUUGAUAAGAAAUGAGUACGGCCUCGUGGAAUACCUUAUCGAACUUUCAGCACACUCAGACAGAUACGUCAGUUACGUUUCUGGAAGAGCGCUUUCAGCAUUUCUCAUGGUAUCUCGAGCCCAUGUCGAUCCCAGAUGGCUCGACAGGCUCACCGAAAAUGCACUUUCGACCUCCCAUCCACAAAAAAUGGCUUUCUCUUUGGAUGUUAUGAAAAGAGUGACUGAGUGGAAAGACUGUGAUGAACAUCCCCUUGAAGAAAGAGAUGUUCAACUGCCUCCUUUGUGCCAUGUAUUAAGUGUAAGUGACCCAGACAGUUUGGACAGCAGCCAAAUCAAGUGCCUUUGCAUUAAAGCUUUGGAGGCGAAAUGGCCAGCGAUCGUCAGUAGGUUUGAUAGAUUGUUGGCGACAUCGCCGGCUCAAAAUGAUUCGACGGUUAUAACAUUUUUAGGCCUUUGGGAGGCUAUAAUAUCUGUGAAGGCAAAUUUGUCGAUCGUGGAUACCAAACCUUUCUACGCUCAUUUGGCCAAUUUUGUCGCGUUGUUGAACUCAGGUGUGUCACCAAUUGUUUGGAAGCAUAUGCUAGAUCUUUUCAAUGAAGUUUUAUGCUAUGGAAGUACUUUAGCUUUACAAGAUAUUUUAGCUGAAGAGCCUUGCUCACUGGCGCAUUUAAUAGUGCGCAGUGUCAAAGAUUGGAGGCUACUCGAAGCUAUUCCUUUUCGAGGAGGAAGUGGCAGGUUUGGGGGAGGAUCAGGUGACGGUGAUAAACCAUUGCUUCAAAAAGCUGUUUUGCUCGUCCUUAAAGCAGUCGCAGUGACAGUAAAGGAAACAAGGUGUGAAAGCUCAAGCGACAGUUCAGUAUGUUCAGAGUCAGAAGACGCAGAUGCUGACAUGGCCGUGAUCGAAAGAAGCAUAAGGGAAGUUUUGAGACAAUUGGACAACUGUGUCAAAACUCUUUUACCUUUUCAUCCGGAAACCCCUCUGGCACAGUGGGUUGUUCAGUUGUUCUCAGACCAAGAUGAUGCCUUGAUAGAAGGAAUGGUGUGCUGCCUAGAUGUCAGCGUUGGUCUGUUUCACAGAGAGAACGCUUCUCAAGACCUAAGGAGGGCUUUAAGCCCGGCCAUUUCAUUAGCCCAAUUCUUGCGAACGGUCUCACAUGGUUCAGACGUGCUGUUGGAUUUCCUUGUGUCCAACGAAACCUGUUUCCUUCUUUACCUCCUCCGGUUGUUGAAGUACAUAAGAAGGAACUGGCACGAGUUUGCCUCAACUUGUGGGAAUGAACUGAGUGAUAUUAUGACUGUGUUUACACGCCUUCGUCUUGCCAUAGAAAGGCUAAUUGCUAGGUCUCUCUUCCCUUAUAAUAUCAACCCGGUGUUAAGGUUGCUCGAAAAGUGCGAGCAAAUGUAUGAAAGUAUGAAUGUAUAAUUUUUUUUUUUUUUAAUAUAAUUUUAGCAGGUUAAAGUUAAAAAAUGGUUUAUUAACAUGUCAACACUCUUGAAUCGCAUAUUUUUCAUUAAAUAGGAACCUUCAAGGAAAUCACAUUAUUUUCAAGGUUUUUUAUAAAUUUUAUAAAGUUCAAACCUUUUAAUUUUUAAUCUGGGACUAAUUUACCUAAUGAUCAGUGCAAUGACAAUAUAACUGGUUGUGAUGUAUUUGUAAAUUUUAUAGCAAUAAGUUAUUUUCAACCUAACAAGUAUUUAAUCUUCAGCAAUUUUUUUUAGAAGUGAAUCAAUUAUUUUGUUUAGAAUUAUAUUUAAUAUAGUAAUUAUACCCAAGUAAAAUUUGUUUA